AUGUCUGGAAUUAUUACUGGAUUAAUUGGAUCAUACGGACAGGGUUGGUUACAAGACAAGGCCAAUGAAUAUGCAGAGGAGCAUUUCCAACCUACUAAAGAUCCAUAUUACGAAGAGUUACCAAGUGGUAAGAAAGUUAGAAGAAGGUUACCUGAUUACUGUAGUAAACAGGAGAGUAAAGCAUAUAAAAAAUUACAAAAUCAGGCAUGGUCCCACGACAAGGGUAUGUGCGGUGGAUGCUGUUGGUCAGAAUGUAUAGGAUGGGCACCGUUACUAACUAUAAUACCUAUUAUUGGACCUGCGAUUAUGUAUUCCAUCCAUGGUAAGAUGGUUGACAGAGCUCAAAUUCAGUUUGAUUUACCCCAGGAUAUGGUUUUAAAGAUGCACGGUAAUAUCGGUGUUGAUUUGGCUAUUGCUCUAGUGCCAGUGUUGGGAAUCGUGUUUUCGUGGAUGAAUGCGUGUUCCACUAGAAACUGUGCAAUGGUUUAUAAUUUUGUCAGUCAGAGGGCUAUUGAAGCUCAUAAUCAGAAGAUGAGAGGAAAGGCAGGUAUUGCAGAAACAAAGAGAAAUGAUAAGGCAGAAGCUGCACAGGCGAAACAAAAUGCAAAGGCUGCAAAGCAUUCAAAAUCACCGACACCAGUAGCUGCUGCUACUCCUCCUGCAUCGGCACCAGCUGCCACUUCAAAUGUUAAAAGUUCUAAAUACACCCAGAAGGAGGUGAGAUCAGCUUCUCCUCCAUUAAGAAAUGUCCCCAAUACAGUUUCACCAUUUGAACGCUCCUCCCCUCAGCCCUAUUCGAGACCUGCUGCACCUUUGCCUCCUCCAUCAGCUGCAAUGCCAAACUCUGCAGUUGGGGGUCGUGUUGGCGGCGGUAACCCGUAUGUAGUACAAUCGACAAAUCAAAGUUAUCCAAUGCAAGACUGGGGUCAAAGGCCAUACCAAAGACCACCAGCUCCAACUCCGGGUCCUGCUGGUACCAAAUCACGUGCACAGAGGCCAUACAUUUAG